CACCGAAAGCACUUUGCAACACCACUUUCACUUCCCCAUCAUUCACACUCUCUCCUCUAUCCUCCUCCUCCUCCUCCUUCAGUCAAACACACAUCAAACCACAGCCGCCCCCACCACCACUCGACGACGUCAUGCAGCCGGAGAGCUCGCCGGAGAGCCCGUCCCUCUACCAGCUCCUCGCCGGAGCCGGCCUGAUCAACGUCGCCUCCUACGGCGGCUUCCCGGUGAGCUGCGAGCAGCAUCAGCUCCUCCCCACCGGGCUCGUCCAGCAGAGCUUCUGCAGCAGCUCCUCGAAUUUCAGCUACGGCGGCCCUUUCGAGGCCUCCGCGAACUUCCUCUCGGACGCCGCGGCCCCGGAGGACCGGACGAUCGCCGCGCUGAAGAACCACAAGGAGGCCGAGAAGAGGCGGAGGGCUCGGAUCAACUCUCAUCUCGAUAAGCUCAGGAGCCUCCUCCCUUGCAACUCCAAGACUGAUAAAGCCACACUGCUUGCAAUGGUAGUCCAACGCGUGAGGGAACUGAAACAGCAGGCGUCCGACAUAACCGCUCUCGACAUGUUCCCUUCGGAGUCCGACGAGAUCUCGGUCCUCUCGACUGACUGCUCGAGCGACGGCGAGCUCGUGUUCAAGGCAUCUUUGUGCUGCGAGGACCGGUCCGAUCUCCUGCCCGACCUGAUCGAGAUCCUGAAAUCCCUCCACCUGAAGGUGCAGAAAGCGGAGAUGGCAACCCUGGGAGGGAGGGUCCGCAACAUCCUCGUCGUGGCCGCCGACAAGGAUCACAGUGUCGAGUCGAUCCAUUUCCUGCAAAAUGCACUGAAGUCGCUGCUUGAGCGAUCGAGCUCGGCCGAAAGGUCGAAGAGGAGACGCGUGUUGGACCGUAAAAUUACCAUGUCAUGAUAAUUAACGGAACAUGAACGGCAUCGAAACUCGCAUCAUGUGCGUGUGCAAUAUAAUCCUAGUCUUUGGUUGUAAUUCUAUUUGAAAUAUAUGUAUGUUGAGUGAGAGAGAGCUUGCUACAUUUUUCUCUUUUUUGCUUCUGGGUGUGUCCAAACGUUGAUAGCCACAAGAGGAAUGUAGGUAUUGAUUUGAGUACGAGUAUUAUUACAUCUUUCUUGAUCAAGAUUCAAGUGUUCUAGGGUUCAUCUUUUUUCCUGCA